ACGGAACAAUGCUGGGUCCACGAGCUGAGCAAUCCGAACUGAGGGGUAUAAAAUCGAGUAUAUUUCGUCCUCGUCCUCAUCGUGCAGAGCACCUUUGCUGCAUCGGCGCAGCCGUCCAUGGCUCCGGCGUCCGGCCCUCACGCCACCGGACAAACCAAACCUGCGGACUCCACGAAGCUAGCGCGCCAAAACGGACGGCACCUUUAAAAAUCACCGCACCCUAGCUUCCACCUCGCCUCACCUCCAUCUUUCCGAGACGGGCACCUGCACCGCCAUGGAGGAAAUCUUGGAAUCGGCGUAUCACCCCGAGUGCGCUGCCGGCGACGGCGACGCGGCGGCAUUCGUGCUCUCCCGCAUGCCACACCCCGACACGGCGGCCUCCACCGCUGCCGCCUUCGUCGUCGACGCCGGCGCCGGCGCCGGCCGUGCGGCGACGCUCUCGUUCGUCGCCCUCCGCCGUGCCGCGCUCUCCCUCGCCUCCGGGCUCCGCCUCGGGCUCGGGCUCCGCCGUGGCGACGCCGUCCUGGUGCUCUCGCCUAACUCGUUGCUUCUCCCGCCCAUAGUUCUUGGCGUUCUUGCGGCCGGUGGCGUCGUGGUCACCGCCGACCCGGGCUCCACGGCGGAGGAGAUGGCCUUCGUGGCUCGUAGCUCCGGUGCUGUGAUGGUGGUCGCCGCGCCGGAGGUGGCUGACAAGGUGGCCGGAGCCGGCGUGCCGGUGCUGCUCACGUCACGAUCGAUGGAUCCCCAUGCGCUCUCCGCGGAGGAGCUGAUGGACGACGGGGACCCGACGGCGUUGGCUUGCCCUGAGUCGGCGACGGCGGUGCGGCCGCGCCCAUCGGAUGUAGCCUUCGUCUUUUACUCCUCGGCGACCACCAAGACGGCGGUGGCCAUGACGCACGCUGACCUCAUCGCCGCCGUGGCAAGCGCAAGCUCGCCGGACGAUGGCCGGGUCUGCCUGGCGUCUCUCCCCAUCUGCAGCGCCCACGGCGUGCCUCUGCUCGCCCUCGCGCUCCCCGCCGCCGGAGUGACCACGGUGCUGCUCGCCUCGCCGCCUUCCGAUCCAGCGGCGGCCAGGGAGGCGGCAGCCGCGCACGGCGUCACCGACGUCGUGGCGACGCCUGACGUGGCAGCAGCGCUCGCAGCUCCCGCGGCGCUACAAGCUCUGAGGAGGGUAAUGGUGGCGCCUGCUUUCGCGACGACGGAGGCGCGGCAGGCGUUCCGCCGGAGGCUGCCGUGGAUCGAGCUGACGGAGAUGGCCGGCUCGCCGGAGAAGAGGACGGAGGCAGCCUCGGAGUAA